AUGGAAGGCCACAUCGGAGAUCCGCCUCUGGAGUUCGUCAUUAGGCUAUAUAAGCCUCCGCACGGCCGCCUCCACCUCCCUACUCCAUUUGCAAGGCUGGUGGAGCUCGAGCAACCGCGAGCGUUGAGACUGCACAUGAGGGGCCGCGGGAAUGGCAGCAUACAGGUGGAUGUAGAUUUCCCCGCCCCUCACGUCGUGUACUUCCGUCAAGGCUGGAAGACUUUUGCUCAUGCCCACAGUUUGUCGGAAGGGCACGUCCUGCAAUUUAAGUUAAUGGAGGACGGUUUCCUUUCAGUCAAGGUUUUUGGGAGCCCAGGUGCUCGCUUAGGGUGCUGUGCGGAGAGCUCAACCGAUGACGAAAGCUCCUCCUCGAACAAUAGUGACGAGGAGGACAGUGACAGCGAUGACGAUGGCACCGACCGAGAGGGCGACGACUCUGACUCCGGCUGA